GGCCAGUGUCGGUCGGCCGCAUGUGUUCCUUGUUUGUGUGGCUCGCUCGCGCGUAGGAUAUUUUUUUUCCAGCGUGCUUUCGUCGUGCUUUUUGGCUGCGUCUGCGUUUAGAGCGCCUGGUGCUGCAUUGCAUGAGUGUGCGUGUGUGUUCCUAUUCCCUCCGCGUCUGUGCUGCGGUCGAAACGGCACCGCCGAAGAGCCCCGGAUACUCCGAACCGCCCGUGCCUGUGCUCGCCGCAAGACCUCACAUUCUGCUCUUUUCUACCGCCGCACCUACGACUACUGAGGCAUUAGGGUGCCCGUCUUUUAUGGAAUAGCUCAUAUCAACGCCUGGAUGCACAAUUAAGAUGCCCCUGAGGCUACUAUGUUGCUGACGUCAUCAGAAGGCUUUUGACGAUGGCGUCUGUGAGAUUGCUCAAUUCUUCGGACCUCUACAGCUCGCCGAUUCAACUGAACGGCAGCUACCACGGCGCCGGCUCCAACGAACGCUCGAGAACGCCCAAGAAUGGCCUGGAGGUGAUCGAGACGAGCCAUUCGGUCCGGCUGCAGCAGGAGAAGCCGCACCUGGUGAGCCUCGGCGGGGGAAGGCUCAGCACCUCCGUCACCAUUCACCCGCUGCCCGAAGGAAAGACAAGGAUAGGAAGGAAUGAUGCUCCCAUGCCACAAGACAUUGUGGUCCAGGGUCCAGCUGUUGCUGAGCAUUGUUACAUCCAGAACGAAUCGGGGAAGGUUACCCUACAUCCCCUGGGGAACGUGAUAUCCAUCGAUGGGAUGGCUGUUACUGAGCCAUCGAGGUUGCAUCAGGGCUGCAUGAUUUGCAUUGGAAGGUCAAACUUUUUUCGCUUCAACCAUCCGGAAGAGGCUCAGGGUCUGAAGAAAGACACUGUCUCAAAUGCAAGGCUACCACCUGUGUCUAAUAGCUUUCGUCCAGUUACGGAACCCCCUGGCCGUUAUGUGGGCAAUCCUGGAGCACCUUCUCUGGCUUCCUUUGACAUAGACAACAGCGUCGAUUUCGUCGAGAAGGUUUCAAAAUUUGAGUUCCUUGCCCACAACCGGUCGCCACCAGUUGCCUCGUCUGAGAGUCCUCGCUGGUUUGUUCGGGACGGGAUCAGGGUGUCGGCAUCGCCUCCGUCACGAGUUUGUGAGCAGUCACCUUCCCUGCGGGGCCCUUCGAGCAAGCCAGCCCCUCGCUUCACCCCAACACCUCCGUUAUCCUCAUCACCCAAGUCACCCAAGUCGCCACGGGUGAGCGCGUUGUCUGGCCGGGCGAGCCCCCUGGUGGCCGGUGGCCGCUGCACCCCCACGUCUCCACGCCUGGGCCAUCGAGUGGCCAGCCACGAGGACAUACGGGCCUGCGAGGUAGAGUUGGCUCAACAGCACCGCAGGGCAGUAGCUGAGCGCUUGCGAGACCAGGAGCAGGAGCGCCAGGAGCGCCAGCGCCUCGAGGAGAUCCUCUCGCUCUGUGCCGAGUACGAGCGCAAAGUGCAUGCCUCAGGAGCUAAGGACAAGAAGCUGCAGAGAAGCCCCCCCUCCUCAGACUCCGGUACCGAGGAUGUCACCUCGCCACCGGGCUCUGGAAGCGAGUCUUCUUCAGCUCCCGACGACACCAGCAAGACGUCCGAGUCCUCCAGCGGGAGUGGCGUCUCGGCCGAAGACGACAAACCGGGGCUACAGCGCAACGACACGGUCAUUCGUCGGCCUGGCGGCAAGCAGCUGCCGGAGCGCCCCGAUGUCGUCAAGCCUGUCCCGGUUCUGGCUGCAAGGCCGGUCGCCGGAGAGCGAAGUGCCGCCUCCACCACCUCCUCCACCUGCAGAAGAAGUGGUGCACAGAGGGAGCAAGGGCGAUUUCUGUGACUGGCGCGUCUCCUCCAGGGACCGGCACUGGUCCAUCACCAAAACCGUAUCAAGACCAACGGCUCUCUAGCCCCCACAGAAGCGGACAGCAAGAGGGUCAACCGCAUGCUGGUGGACGGCAAUGUCUUGUCGGAUGGGGUGCUUUCCGUGGCCCCCAAAAAAGUGAAUGUCACCUCAUCAGAGGAUGAACUGACAAACAUCCUUGGUGGAGGAGGCUCUGCCUUGUCAAGCCCGCGAUCCGAUCGUACCACCCUGGCUGGUGAGAAGACGCCCGUGCCUGCACUGGCCUAUCCACAGAGCCCACGCACCCGAAUUCGCACCGUGGCGACGCUGGAACGUUCGCCCGAAGUCUUUGAGAAUCCUCUCGCCUGGAAAGAGCUGGCUUCAGCUCAUGGCGGGAAGGCCCUGACGCCUCCCGCCACCACAGGACCUCCGAUCCUGGAUGACAUACCUGUGCUCAAGGACUUGCCACAACAACACUCACUCCCGAGGAAGCUGCCAGAGCGGGGGGGUUCCCUCAACAUCCGCAAGGCUGUGGAAGAGUCCAGAGUUCCACUUCGGAGGGUAAGGUCAAGCUCUGAUGACAUCGGUCUGUUAAAGAGGCAGCGUGAGGACUCGUUCCAACAAAUAGCAAAGCUCAAGAAGGACUUGUUUGCUCUAGAAGCACGGUCUAAUGAAGGGAUGAGAGAGUUGGAACUGGAACAUGCGCUGCUAACGGGUGAGCUGACCGAUGCGCAAGCUUGUCAGAAGUCAGACUUCGCAAUCUUAGAAGAGAUCCAGGAGGAAGAGAGACGGCUCAGUCAGCAGGCAGAGUUGGAUCGUGAACAGGAGCAGUUGCAGCUGGAGGUGUCACGCGGCCGCAUCGAGCAGUGGGAGCAGCUCACCCAGGAGCUGCGCGAGGUGCUCGAGGAGGCCGGGUCCCUGUCCCGUCGGCCUGAGCUGGAGGAGCGCUACCGGCGUGAGCUCGAGGGGCUUGAUGGGGAAAGGAGGGCCUUCGAGGACCUCGAGUUCCGCCAGCUCGAGCGGCAGGCGCGCCGUGAGGAAGAGCGCGAGGCCCUUGUGGCACGCGCCGACCGCGUUCGCCAAAACCUGCGUGACCGGCAGUUGAGAAUUCGGGAGCUCUUGGAGCAGCAGAAGACAGUGCAGAUGCAAAUCGAACAGGAACAGUCCAGUUCUGAGAUUGAGAAAAAGCUUGUGCAAACUCAGCUGCAGCAGGAACAACGGAGGCUGGAACUUCUGGACCAGCAGCUGAGAAAUGCUACUCGCACCCCCCAGCACAUCUCUUUGGACUCGAGCGAUGAGAGCAGCUCUUCUGAUACAGAAAUGGGCUCUACACUGAAAAUAGGGAGCCAGAGUCGUUGGAACCAGAACCUUCUGCUCCAAGUCCCGGAUAGUACAGUGAACAGGCUCAGUGGCAACGAGUCAAGCUUCACUGGCAUCGAGUCAGAGUCUUCGAGCAUCAUCAGCAGCAGUGAUCUUCCCAACGAAAGCGUGAGCAGCAGUAGCGACGACCGGAGCCGACCUACCAGUGAACACGUGACCCAGGGCAUCGCACAGGUGCAUCAACAUGAGCGCAACCUGCAGCUGAAUUCAGAGGACCGGUCAGGGUUGGUGUCUCGUUCAGGUGAUGACGCCAUUCAUCACGAGAUACGCCGACGAGAAAAACAGAAGGCUCAGAGGCCACUGACGCGGUACCUGCCUGUGCGCGGCGCCGAGUGUGACCUGCGACAACACGUGGAGUCCGCGGGUCACCAGGUGGAGCUGUGCCCGCAUGUGCAGCUCACAUCGUCAUCCUGUCGUGGCUACCUACACAAGCUGGGUGGCAAGUGGCGCUCAUGGAAGAAGCGUUGGUUUGUCUUUGACCGUAACCGACGGGCCCUCAUGUACUUCAGCGACAAGACUGAAACCAAGCUGAAGGGUGGUGUGCCAUUUCAGGCCAUAGAGGAGGUCUAUGUGGACCACCUGCACUCUGUCAAGAGUCCAAACCCACGUGUGACGUUCUGUGUCAAAACGUAUGAACGUACCUUCCACCUGAUGGCACCCACAGCUGAGGCCAUGCGUAUAUGGGUCGACGUCAUCUUCACCGGUGCUGAAGGCUACCUUGAAUUCCUCAGUGAAGCCGACAUUGCUUCUGCCAGCCGUUCCAGACACAAGUUCAAGGACUGAAUGGCCUUGUUCACUUCAACCGCCUUGGCAGGGCCAAGGCCGGAGCAUCAAGGUUGUUAUGGUGUAGCGAGCAGAGGAGAUGCCUUGCCCAGUUAUCAUCUAUGAAAACUGCAGUCAACGAAGUCCCAGGCUCCUUCUAUAUUGAGGGAAAAAUGUGACAGCUAUCCCUUUUGUACCCUUAAUGUUAAGCCUUAAGGGAUGCCUGCCAACCAUAGACUUUGGCAAGGAACAAACCAACAGACAAGGUGCUGCAUGGUGGAAAACAUGAGCAGAUGGAGAGAAGUGGUGUUCGUUAUGCAGCAACAGUUGAGCAAACUAGUCUUGCAUCAUCAAAAAGUAAACCUGAGCUUUGAAAUCGGUUCACUAACUGAGCAUCUGUUAAUUUCAUGUAUGUAAGUUUCUCUGUUGUAUACAUCAACGUCUGUUGACAUCAUGCAUGUGAAUUUUCUGUCAUGACACUUGGUAUAAUCUUUGAAAACUGUCAUGUGCAUAUUUCUCUAUAAGUCAUUUUGUUUAAUGUGCGUGUCUUCCUUUAGCUGUAAGUUGCCGUGUUUGUGACUCUGGGCAUUCUAUACCGGGUAUCAUUGAAUCAUCUUAAAGUUAUCAUGAAAGUGAGAACUAUGCCGCAUUUUUUAGUUGUGCUUGUGCAAGCUGUGUACCUUAUUGUUUUCUUAUGCCAUCAAGCAGCUUUCCUUCCAUCUUGUGCCGAUGCAAACAACGCAUUUUUUUAUACAGCUUGCCAGGAAUCGUGGUCUUUUGUGUUGCAUUGUAUAGCCUAGCCAAAUUUCAUUGUUCGCUCUACUCUCUUGUAUAUAUGCUUGUGGCUUUGUGAAUGAUGUGUGUGAAACUACUAUAUUUCAGCUGUCAGGUUCAUUAUUUUGGCUAGUUCUUCACGCGUACGAACAUAUCAGUUGGGCUCUUCAUGUUUUUUUUUUAUUAUUAUUAUUAUUAUCAUGUUGUGCUCCUCCAAGAAUACGAGCCCUUGUGCAUGCUGAGCUAUACAAUCUGUUGGGCUUUUCUUCAUUUAGUUGGAAACGAUAUUGAAAGCCUAAACAUCUGCCGACUCUCAAGACAGGCAAGUCUCCUAGCGACCGAGCGAAAUGGCUGCAGUUGCUCGAGCACAUUUUACUGGUUGUGCAUGGGUUGAUACAAAGCAGCAAUCAGUUGAAUAGAAAGCAAAAGUAGGAAAAAAAAUUCGCCUUGUCAAUAGUGACACUACUAUUAAAAGCUUGACACUCCAAGGAAGCAAGAGACAUGAGUACACUCAGAAAAUUUAAAUACUGUAUAUCAAAUGGGCCACAGCCAAGAAGACAUAAAUAAAACUGCUUGAAUCAAAAGCGUAAGCUUGUGAGCUAGGAUCACUAGGAAGGAGUAGGUGCUCUGUCCCAUUACGUUCCUCCAAGUUGGGUUGCAUUCACAUACAUAUGGGCAUGCUUGUUGGAGACGCUAAUCCCAUUAUAUAGGCACUUUCCAGGGCGCCAUUGAUAAUUAUGUUGAAGCUAUCCCAGAACCAGCUGAUAUUAUAUAUGCCAUGCAUUUGACAUUGUACAAAGAUGUUCCAUAAUCUAGAUGGUGCAAAGUAAUUGUCAGCUUGCAAGAUAAUGGCAGAAAUAAUUAGGCAAUUUAAUUCACUGUAAUGCACCAGCUCCUAAUUUUAUGUAUGCUAGGAAUACGCCACAUGUCUGCAGCUGGCUGGAAUAUCAGUAGCAGUAUAGUAUCACUAUGCUGAAACUUAAUAGUGGUCGUUUUGAAUUGUUUGAUUCAAUAGCAAAUCCAGUGGCAUAUUGUGUUAAUUAUGUGGACAAUGCCAGUAGACAAUAUGAAUCGCAAAUAAACUGAAGUAGUUUUAAUGGUUCAGCUUAGAUGAGUUACUGACUGUUGUGCAGUUACCAUAGCGUAAAGACAUGGUUAGUUUCUCGAGUUUUCAGUUCUAAUGCUUUCAGCAGCUGAAUGCAGUAUUCAGCCUGGGGGGCUAAAAACCUUAACUUCCACUCUACAAAGCUCCACGUUUUUUUUUCUUUUGUUACUCUUACAAUUCUACUAUUGCAUGUGGCAAAAUUUGUAUUCUAGGAAAUAAAACCACUGCUUUGCCUUGUUUAGACACUUUCUGAACUUAUCCCAUGCCCGGUAUGCGAGGCAUUUCAAGACUUGUCAUCAAGGUGCUCAAAGAUGAAAGAAGUGCAAUGUGUGUACUUGCUGCAUUCACAUUUACCAUUCUUGUGACAGCAGACAUCUUGUGAUGAGUUUACUACAGUUACACCAUUACUUGUUUAGACUAAAUAUAAUUACCAUUUUAGUCAGGUAUCAGUUCAAAUGAGACAAUUCAAUGAAAUAGAUUAGUGCGAAUAAUAAAAUGUCAAGGAGCGGAAGAAAAUAAAUGAGGCUCGGUGUUUUCUUGUGUUUCUUAUCGGUUUAUUCUUAGCGCUAACUUAUCUUUACCAGUUGUGGUCGACCAACUAGAACAACUUUUUAGAGAAAGUUGAAGUGCCGCCUUGAGAUUUUCAAAUGGCAACCUCAGGUGAUUUUAGUGAAAUGAUAGCUUGAACCAAAUCCACUGACAAAACUGAAACCGAAACAUGGAAGAGUGCCACUGCCACUGAAAGAUAACAGUUUCCAACAAUUGCACUGGUGCAAGUUUUGUGAACGUGCAUGCACCACGCAAGCUAUCAUGGCAAUCGUUGUUCAUGUGCCUAGGUAGUGAAGUGUAUGGAUAAUUGAUGUAAUGAAGCUCACUCAUUCUUAACUCUCAGACGAGUAUUACAGUUGCACUCUACAGCAUUUCAGUUUCAGUUCUCCGGCAAAAUAAGCUGGAUUUCAUUGUUCCAUAAAAGUUACCGGAGGCUUUUCUAUCGACAGAGUUGCAAUUGGCUCUUAUAGGAAGGACUUGAGAGGUCCCAUUUGACCCACUCACCUGCCUGCUGGCUAUUUUAAUUUCUGCAAUUACUCACAUAAUUAGUAGCUCUUGUCAUUUUAAUGUCUGCUAUCCUCAGAAAGGGGGGUGUCAGUGGUAGCAAUCAAAUAUUGCAGUUCCCUCACUUCGAGAGUUUUUGGACACAUUUUCAUUUCUGAAACACCCUGUAUGCCAUACUUUCGCGCAUAUUAUCACUUGUCAGUCGUCAUCACAGUAGGAACUGCAGAAUUUUCUAUUAUUGUGUUUGUUACGAGGCAUAUAUCAUUUGUGUUAAUCUGCAGCAUUGCUGCUUGUGUGCUUCAUCUUUCAGAACUGCUUUUUUUAUUUUUUUUAACUGUAGGCAUUGAUUCCUGCUGUUUUGCAAUCUUCGCGGUCAAUUAAGUUGCCAUUUAUACUUUGAAAAUGAAUCUAAAACAUAAAGGACCUUAACAUUUACUUAUGUUGGCUUGUAUAUUCUGUGCACACUUGAGCCUGCUUGCAUCUAAGUCAGAAGGAUGACCACAUUAAGGUUGUCCUGGAAUGUUUUGUCAUGCGGAAUAUUUUUAAUGAGCUGUCAUAACAUCAGUACCUCCAAAGAGAAAUUCAUCACAUGUUAUUCACAAAGCUCGCAAGCUUCAUUCCAUUUUGCAUAUAUACUAUACCACUAAAUUAAUGCUCGGUAAUGUAUUGGAAUCUUGCAGUGUCAAUCAUAGUGUCAUACCCUAGCUUCGUAUGCUUGGGCAUUACCCCAUAGUUGGAAAACUAAGGCAGCUAUGGCAUGUUAACUUUUAUACUCCCAAAACAAUGUUGCAAGUGGCGCAGAUUUUAUGACGGGUUGCACUUGUAUGGCAAAGCUGAAUUAAUGAUGAAAAGUGAGAGGAAUGCUAUUGCCGUUAGGCAUUCAUAUGUAGAAUAUUUCUCAUUGUGUAUUUUUUUGGCAUUGCAGGGCUACUAUAUAAACAACCCUUCUUCAAUGCUUCAAUUCAUUGCGCCUACACUUUUAUUAUUACUUUAAUUGAUGUUCACUGAACCUCAUUUGUUUACACAACCAAACUUGUCCACGGAUGCUGUAGGAGGGCCAGUGUGCCGGCAGGUAUCCAGUGCUUAUACACAAAUGAGCAUUUACUGUGGUCACACAAUAAUAGCGCCCGCCAUUGUAGCCCUUGAAGCACAUUCUUGUGCAAGCAAGUCCGUAAAGGAUGACAGUGUAGAAGUUGCAUUGCAUGAAGGGUGAGCAUCCUACAACAUUAUGCUAGUGAGCUCAAUGUAUGGAGGCUGACCGUGAUUGCCGCAGGUACCCUAAAUGGUAACUGGGAAUAUUAAUUUGGUCCGAAAUUGUGGUGCUAGUCAUUACAUGCUGUGCAGUCAUAACAUAUAAAUGUCGAUUGGUUACAAUGUGGUUAUCAUAAUUCAAAAGCUUUCUAUUUGCAGUUUACUCUCCUGCAGUGCUCAUACAAGAUUUGCACUGUGCUCAAGUUCAUGCCUUCAUACACUUUACUGCUCGAGCACAGCAAAUACCUCACUCCUUUCAAAUAUUUGCUAAGAUUUGCUUAGGUUAGUACACCAAGAAAAAAAUAGCAUCUGGUGCUGUUUUCCUGCUAAUUAUAUGGCUAUGUAGUUAAAAGCUAAGCAAGAAACUGGGCAAAUUUAUCCAUAUGAGUGCAGAAUAGCAAUACUUAGAAUUCAUUUAUAAUAUAUAAAAUCUCUAAACUUGAUGAUCAGAGUUGCAAGAUCUAGCACAAAUUUUUUUCGUGAUCAGGUGAAUGAAUAAAGCUGGCGUUAAUCAAGCUUCCCACUGCAUCCAUCUAAGUCAAAGAAAGUGUACAGUCCAUCUACCUUUUUUUUUUUUUUGUCCAUUAAUUGUGUCAAACUUUAGUCUGUGCUUUUUGUUUAUGUAAUUUAAAUCGUGAAUGUCACAUCUAUAGUUCUGUAGAUAGCUUCACAGCAUGCAAACUCAAAAACAGUGCUCCAUAUUCACUUGCAUAUGCCACAACAGCGUUCUUGCUUGCGUCAUCUUUAAACCACAAUUUUGCCAGCAUUUUUGGGUCCAGGCGCUUGGCGUUGCUCUUGUGUAUAAUUUGUAAUACUUGUGUGUUCUUACUUAUUAACCUGUGUUGAUGGCUGUGCUUUGAAAUCCUGGUAUCACAGCUGUUCCCUUUCACAAGGCAAAACAUAUUUGAACUUGCAUUACUGAGAAAGGGAAGGAAAAAAACCAGUGCAUCAAAAGGACAUAAGGACAUUCAUCUGUGCCAGCCCAGCUGACUAUAUUGAAGAGACACAGCUUUGAGUACUUUUCGGUGCAGUGAAACACCAGAUGAAAUGCAUUUGUACAGGAUUGUACCUUGUUCUUUUCAUCUUGAAGCGUGUAGUGUGAUUUAUGUAUCCCUAUGUUAACUAUGGAAGAAACAAACCUACAUUCAUGAUACGAGUGGGCAGUUCACUUGAGUGGUUUUGUGUUCAAAACUGUCUUGGAUUGCCAAUCACUGCAAAGUACUGGCAUUCUUUCAUAUUUUGCCUCUGGUGUUAUGACGGAAUUUCAAUCAGAGUUGGAGCAGUAAAACUUACUGCGCUAUCUUUGCAAAUGUAAAGCACUUAAAAACGUGCGGCAGUCCAGGCGCUGCAUCUGUUGCUGUCUGGCUGAUCACGGUGCCAGAAAGCAGCAAAUGUGCCUUGAAGUCAUUCUUUUUUUUUUUCAAAUGAGUUUGACUUGUGGUAAAACACUUCAGGUGGCUCAUACGGCAGGCAUUUUGUUUUCUUUUUUUUUUUCAUGGCAUAUUUUUCUGAGACCAAUUAGUUCAGCCUGUAAGACCUCUUGGCUUGUUUGUAUAAACAGCAAAACACAGUUUUAUGUACAAGACACAUCUCUCGAGUGUUGGUGCACCGUUUUAAUGCAUCAUGAUGUACGAAUGCUGCUUCAUGGCCAAAUCUGCCUCGGAACGGAUUGUGCAGAGCAGUGAAGGAGACAUAUCUUUCUUUACUCUUACUACUGCAGCAUCCAAACUGCUUUGCACAUUGGAGAGAAUCUGUAUGGUGUGCGGUAUUUGCACACACUUUGUACCCAGGGAUCACAUAUACAUGCUUGUGUAAUGGUCCACUUUUGGGAUAUAUUCAAAGCCCAGGCCUUGCGCAUUCCCCGGAGUUUGCAGUUUACGAAGCAUCGGUCCUCUCGGCACUAAAAAGCAUUUAUUUAGCUGGUGCUUACAGCAAAAGAUAACAAAUUUCUGUGAAUGAUAGCAAGGCACUUGGCUGAUAAUGAUCAUCAUAUCACAGUUCACCACUCUUAUACUGUAACAUUUUGAUAAUCAUACAAAUGGCUGCUAAUAUCUGCGCUCCCUCUCACAUGAGCUCUUCACUUGUUUGGAUGCAGAAAAGCCUGCACAACAAUUGGGUACACACAUGCUAGCAUACGACUCUCAGAGUCUGUUCCUAGUACGCAGCAGUUCAGGUAAAUGGAGCAGGCUGAGGAAGAAACUGAAGUGCUGAUGAACGAUUACCCACCUCUUCAGGCUAGCUUUGAAAGGUUGCAUCACGUGUGUGUAUAAUUGUUGUCUACCCCUCGUGAACAGUAGACGUUAGAGCAUGUUACACUGUUAAACGGUUGCUUAAAGACACUCGGGUUUUAAAGUGACUGAAGGUGCCAUUGAUGCUGGAUGGGUUUCUUUUAUUUAUUUGAAGAACUCGCAAUCUAGUUAGCCAGUUGUGCUCACUUUUAGUUCUGUACUAUCGUGCUUUUCAUUGUUAACUUCUAAAAUCUUUCAGCUUGUCACCAGCUGACCCAUAGUAGCUGAGCUUGCCGAUGUUCUUCUAUGCUUUUUUUUAUUACACCCGUAGUGUGGUUGACCACAUGUAUUUGUUUUGUAGUAGUGAUGCACAUGGAAAUAAAAUUAAAAACUGAUUUUUGUGCCUG